GAGGCCUUCGCUCCUCCUCCUCCUCCUCGUCGUCGUCUCCAUCGUCGAACAAUGGGUUGCUGGUCGCCGGUGGACGCCAUGAAAGCUUACCUACGCACACUUCAAUUGUUGGAGGAAUUCUACGAGUACUACGAGGAAGAGGAAGUGGGCAUCGAGCCCAUGUGCGUGGAGUACAUCUCCGCCCUGGCGGCCGGCAACCGCGCCAGGGUCAUGGUGGACGUGGAACCCGGCGGCAUGUCGCCGUCCGUAAUCGCGCUGGCUGCGGCGGCGCGGCAGACGGGCGGGCGGGUCGUCUGUGUGCGCCGCGAGCAGGAGGCGGGGGAGCUGCUGAGGAGGCAGGCCGAGGGGUUGGGCCUGGCGGACGUGGUGGAGUGCCGGGUGGCGGGGCGGCCGGGGGAGGCGGUGGAGCGGCUAAGGGGAGUGGACUUCGCGGUGGUGGACCGAGGGAUGGGGGAGGAGGACUGCGAGGAGGCGGUGGCGGCCGUGGACGCGGGCCCGCGCGGGGCGGUGGUGGUGGUGAGCAACCUGUUCGAUGGCGGGAGGAGGUCGCCGGCCCAGGCGGCUCCUGCGGGAGGAAGGACGAGGGUGCAGAUGAGAGGGAGAUCGUCGUCGGUGGUGCUGCCGUUCGGCGGAGGGAUGGAGGUGAUACGAAUUGUGGGAAGAAGGGGGGAUGGAGAUGGCGGUAGGAGGGGCAAGAGGAGGACUUUUGUGGUGUACUAUGAAGAUCGCGAGACAGUGCAUGAAGAUUGUGUAGACCUUGAAUAAGGAUGAAAAGAUAGGGAUAAGAUUAAGCAUCAUUUUUCUAUCUCCAAUGUAUAUAUAUGUAAUUUUAAAUAAAUUUCUGGAUGAAUUAAAUGGUGGA